AUGGCAGCUGGCCACAAGGCCCCGGCCAGGGAACCCAACCAGGCACAGAACCUGAGAGAGCAGGGGAGAGACUCCGGGAACAGGCUGUGGGUGGAAGCCAGAUGCCAGGCCUACCGGGAGCAGCACAGCUGCACACCCCCGGGCAGUGAGGUCCGGGCCGUGGAUCCAGCUGCCUCUUUCAGUGCCACCUGUUUCCUGUUUUGCAAGGUGAUGGGGACACAGAGGCGGCUGAGGGCGCCUCUGCCUCCUCCCAGCCGGCUGCAGCCCCCUGCCAUGAGCCACCUGGAGGACAGGGAGGACCACCUCUGCAGCUGUCUGGAGGAGGAGGACAGCUGGAACCUGUCCUUCUCCGGCGCCGGCUUCCUGGGCCUCUACCAUGUGGGGGUGACCUACUGCCUGAGCCAGCGCGCACCGCACCUCCUCCAGGGUGCCCGCCGCAUCUACGGCUCCUCCUCUGGGGCCCUCAACGCGCUCAGCAUCAUCUGUGGCAAGUCUGUGGACUUCUGCUGCUCGAACCUGCUGGGUUUGGUAAAGCAGGUGGAGCGCCUGAGCCUGGGCAUCCUCCACCCGGCCUACGCGCCCAUCGAGCACAUCCAGCAGCAGCUGCAGGAUCACCUGCCCAGCGACAGCCACAUCCUGGCCUCCCGGCGCCUGGGCAUCUCCAUAACCCGCUGGCCCGACGGCCAGAACGUCAUCGUCACUGACUUCGCCACGCGGGAGGAGCUCAUCCAGGCCUUGGUCUGCACGCUGUACUUCCCGUUCUACUGUGGGAUGAUUCCCCCUGAGUUCAGAGGGGAGCGCUACAUUGACGGGGCUCUGAGCAACAACCUGCCGUUCUCCGACUGUCCCUCCACCAUCACCGUGUCGCCCUUCCCCGGGACCGUGGAUAUCUGCCCCCCGAGCGGCUCGGCCAGCCUGCACGAGCUCAACGCCUUCAACGCCAGCUUUCAGAUCUCCACCACCAACUUCUUCCUCGGACUGUUGUCCCUCAUUCCCCCCAAGCCCGAGGUGGUGGCUGACAACUGCAGACAAGGCUACCUGGAUGCCCUGCGGUUCCUGGAGACUCGAGGACUCACCAGGGAGCCACUUCUGUGGUUGUUGAUGUCUAAGGAGCCCCCGGCCCCGGAGGAGAAGCCUCCAGAAGUCCACCAUGUCCGGGGCCGGCAGGUCGGCCUGUCGGUACGCUGGGACGUGCCCAGCGUGCUGGUGAAGAACGUGCCCAACUUUGAGCAACUGGCGCCGGAGCUGGAGGCCGCUCUCCGGAAGGCCUGCACGAGGGACCCGGGGCUCUGGGCCCGCUUCCAGUGCUCAGUGCCCGGGCGGGCACUGACGUACCUGCUGCUGCCUUGCACGCUGCCCUUCGAGUAUGUCUACUUCCGGAGCAGGAGGCUGGCGCUGUGGCUGCCUGAGGUGCCAGCUGACCUGCGCUGGAUGCGGGACCAGCUGAAAGGUGCAACCCUGGAGGUCUGUAGCAGGCUGUGGGCACAGCUCCUGGGGCAGGGCAGGCUGCCGGUGGUCCCCAGCGUGGUGGACUCCCAUCCCCUCCAGCCCCAGGACCCGGCCAUGCAUCCCAGCUCCACCCAGCAGACCUGUGGGGUGCCAGACAGGGCCAGCCCAGGGACCAGUCUCUCCUGACUGGGCUGGGAUGAGUCAGGCGGGCGGCCUGCCCCUGGCUCGUCCAAUGGGAGCUUAGAACCUGACACUGACCCUGCAGAUGCUCUGGGGGUGCAGGCUGGAGAUGGCGCCCUGCUCCCCUGAGAGGCCCCCCUCCGGGGGAGGGUUAUGGUAUUUAUUCAUCCUCUGUGGCUGCUGUCCUUGGGAAUUCACGCCUGGAACCUUGCACUUCUUUUGGGAGGAGGCUGGUCCUGUCCAGAUGUCCCCACACUACAAUGUCCCCAGCUGCAGCCCCCCACCCCGCUCCCCGUCUCCUUGGGGGAGAAGGGACGGCAGGAGCAAAGACAGAUCUCGGUUCUGGGUCCCUAUGCAGGGACCCAGAAAGCACUGGGUGGAGGAGGGGUCACCAAUCACAUCACAGAAAC